GUCUACGGUUGAUUAAACCUGAAAAAACUGCCCGUAGUUUUUACCACAGUUCUUACGAUUAUGGACUGUUGUAAACUGAGGAUAACAGUCACGUGAUUUUUACGUGAAUAAAGAGAGCGUGCGAAUGGAGUUUUGAACUAUAGUAUUGAAAUAUUACAUGUAUUUGUAUUUGUGUGUGUAUAACCACAUCGAUCUUUACGUCGGUGUGAAUUGUUUGCACGCCACGUUUUAAAUCUGCGGAUCCACGUAUAUAUGUACGUAUAUAAAGCGAAUGAGCAACAGGGCUGUGACUAUUCUCCGUUAUCGAUGGGACAGUUAUCUCACAUUUUCUCUAAUCUUUCCACACUUAACAGCCCCAGGUUAUAGAGCUACAAUCGUACAAAAUGUACCCCAAUAUUGGAAUCCGAAAUGUCAUUUCACUUGGCAUAUUUAUUUCGUACCUAACCUCCGUUGUUUUUGCUGAAAAAUCGCCCUUCGAAGAUGUAGACCAGACUCUUGCAAGCUCCUCAAUGAAUUCCGCUGACACAACGUCGACUCAGCCCAAAGGCAAUUUAGGUCUGCUUCAUGCCUUCGUUGCCUCGCUCUCGGUCAUCGUUGUCUCUGAACUUGGGGACAAAACUUUCUUCAUUGCAGCUAUCAUGGCUAUGCGACAUCCACGACUUACUGUUUUUUCCGGUGCUAUAAGUGCCCUCGCUUUGAUGACUAUUCUCUCUGUUGUUUUCGGUUAUGCCGCAACCAUAAUUCCACGAGCUUAUACCUACUACAUUUCUACCGCUCUUUUCGCACUGUUUGGUCUGAAGAUGCUACGUGAUGGUUACUACAUGUCUCCAAAUGAAGGUCAAGAAGAACUGGAAGAGGUUCAGUUAGACUUACGGAAACGAGAGGAUGAAUAUGAAAAAGAAGCCAGUACUAGCAUCGUCCAGGAUCCAGAAACUGGAGUAAUUAGGAAAACAACAAAAGCGAACAGUGUGUGGUUAUUUGUUUCGAGAAUUUUCAUACAAGCUUUCACUCUCACAUUUCUUGCGGAAUGGGGAGAUCGUUCACAACUCACAACAAUCAUUCUUGCAGCUCGAGAGAACGUUUACGGUGUCACGUUAGGUGGAAUAUUAGGACAUGCAUUUUGCACAGGAUUGGCUGUACUUGGUGGGCGUAUGAUAGCACAGAAAAUAUCAGUUCGAACAGUUACAAUUAUUGGAGGUGUAGUAUUUCUACUGUUCGCGAUUACAGCAUUAUUCGUCAAUCCAACGGAAGAUGUUUAGGCAUUAGACAACUUAAUUGAGAGUGCAGCCUAUUAAUAAUUUAUAAUAAUGUUAUGUGUUUAUGACGGUAAGCACGGUAUAAAAUAGUGUUAAACGUCCCAUCUCUAUACAGUAAAAUUGUUGCCAUUUUUACAAACCGUUGUCACAUCAUAUUUCUAGUAUUUUUUAAUUAUACACUAAAGUGUAUGUACAUACAUGCCUUUCUAGCGAGCAAAGCAUUACCUGAUUCUAUCAGUACGAGCUGUUCUUUAGAGAGCACUGUGAUUCUUUUUUAGUCAUAAGAACUGCAGAUAAGAUCAUUUUUCUGCACUAAUGUUCCAUUCUGGUGAAGAUAAUAGGUACAUAUUGCAUAGCAUUUUUACGCCAAACGUUAACCUGCAAUGAUAUACACGCGGUGCGCAAGUAUAAAACGCAACACUACUAUGAAUGGAGUUAAUACUCUAGAAUGAUUUAUAUUUUUACUCAACAGCGUUACUCCAGUGAAAAGUUCUGGUUUUGUGUAACUUAUAAUACAGGUGUCGUCGGUAUUGAUUCCAUUACUGUUGAUACUGUUCCAUAAAUUGUAGACUUAUUGUGUAAAGUUUUAUCAAUAGCAUAACAGAGUGGAUGUAUUUUUCUUCCUAUUUGUAUCAUUUUACAUUAUAUGUAUUAUAUUUUUCUAACUAAAAUGAACAAAGUAUUAAGGAUUUAUUUUUACUGUAAAAUCAAUCGAAAAAAUAAAUAUUUCCUAGUAAUCAUCAACAGUGAGUGGAAUAUAUAUUGCUUGAAGAGUUCUGAUAAGAUACUCAACUAUGACUUAUAAUAUUACUGCACCGGGUUUCAUAGACACAAUGCACAUAAAUAGUUGAUCUACCUUUGAGAUUCAUUUAUUUUCACUUACCGUGUCUGAUGUAAAAGUAUUUUUAUGUUAAACGAGUGAUUUAUAAUGUUGCACCACCCAAAUAAUAUGAAUAAUAAUAAUGUGGCGUUUAAAUUUUGCGUGAUUUCAAAAUGAUGUAUGUAUGUAAAUUAAAAGCCAAAUGAUUUAUUAGGAAAAUAACACAAUUUUAAAUCAGUUACAAAAUCAGUCUCAAAUCACCAACUACCUUUUCACGUAUAUACUUUUAAUUGCGUCUGUAAUUUACUCAUAUUCAUUAAUAUCAUAACACAUCAACAAUACAUCAUUAAUAGUAGUGUCAACUAUACACAACUACUGAGGAAAUGGAGCAAAACAGCUACUGUUAAUGUCACUCUGGACGUUGAGGGUAUAAUGUUAGGUACGUGAUUAUAGACUGUUUGCUAUACUUUGUAAUCCAGUUACUUAAGCACUGCAACCCUGAAAGAGAUUUUUUGUACAUAAAAUAUUUAUGUUUAUUAAUGUACGUAAUUUCUCGCUCAAACAUUUGGUUUUCACGUUUCAAAUUGUAUGACAAUCGGUAAAAUCCCAUGUACAGAAUGCAAAAUCUUAAGUAGCUUUGUAAGUGUUGAAUUUGCCGCUGCAUUAUCCUCUAAGGCUUACCUAAAAUAUUAUUGAAGUAUACAGAGAGUUUAUUCAUGUUUGGUUUGAUUGAUUCGGUGGUGGUUUACACUGGGCCUCUAGAUUCCGCAAUCUCUCAAGCCUGGACAUAGGAUCCAUCAUAGUUUUUUCUUCUGCAAGAGAUCUGGGAACUCCAGAAAUAUCUGGAAAAAGGUAAUAUUCCACCACUGAUAACCUUGAACAGUAAACUGAUUUUUACGUAAUUUUUCUGCAUAAUGGAUAUAUUGCAAUUACCAGAAAUACCUGUGGCAUAUUGAUUAUUCGUCUGCAAAAUAGGGGUUUGACUUUUUCUUGCUUGGUCGAUAUCCCGCAACCCCUGUUCGAU